GCCAGAAAUGUAAAAAUACCCCAAUUGUUAUCCUAUUUUUCUAAGAAACGUUGAUAUUUGUAGACGUGGGAAAAAUAUAUAUAAUUCUUGAUUAUAUUAUCUUUCAUAACACAGCUUUCGAUACACGAUUCAUAACACUUCGCUCGAUACAAUUUAUUCCCAAAGUAACCUCCAAUUCGAAUUUAUACUCCAACUUUACUUGUUUCUUUACUAUGUGACACUAUGAAACAAAAAAAGGAGAAAAAUCAAUCAUAACUAUAACAAUAAUUUGACAGCUUUAGAAAAACGAUAAUUAGAGGCAAUAUUUUUAAAAUAAAUAAACAUCAACUAAUUCUAUCGUAACAAAAUAUUGACUUCGGCCUGCAUGCUCUAUCUCCGUCCGUCUUUCGAAAUGAGACAGUGAUGGCUGAGCGCUCGUGCCAGACGGACCUGUACUACGUGUCCCCAAAACAAAUAUAAGAUUUAGUUAUAAAAACUGUUCUGUGUUGCGUGUCCUAGCACCUAGCUAGCUAGCUAGUUGUGGCUAGUGUGUGUUGUGUGUAUACCGUGUGCACCAAAACCUAUAAUGGGUAACAAGCAACUCAUUAAAAAGAAGACAUCUCGAAAAAGACAACUCAGAAGAUUCCAACAAACAAUGGAACAAACGAAAAGAAGAAAAUUGGAUAAUUUCACAGCCGAAGAUGAUACUAUAUCUUUAGACUACAUCGAACUGCAAAAUAUGGAAAUGGAAUCUCCGAUUUCAUCAAAGUUGAAAGUCAGUCAAAAUAACGAUGAGGCGACCAGCUCAAACAUUUUGAACCCACGCAUUGCACAGGUGGAUGACACUUAUCGGGUUCCUAGUCUAUUAGAGGAAGAAGAUACCCAUGAGUUACAAAUAUCGUUCGAUUUGGAAGAAGAGCUUCCUGACAAAACCGUCGGUCGAAGAAUUGUUGCAAUUAGUAAUUUUUUUACAAAAUUACAAUCGAUUUGCAAUCAUGGACCCUUAGGAUGCGGUAUUCAAGAAAUGCAGUUGGUUGGAGAAGUAAAACAUGGGCAUAAUUGAACUUGGCUCUCAUUUCACAUUUAUGUUUUUGUUGGGAAAUCAUUACUUUUGUACAAAAAGUAAGAAAUUACUAGUGUUAAUCAUAAAAGCAGUUGUGCUGAAAACGAGACCCUCGCUAACGCGCGGUCAACUGUCAAAAAAUUUCAGUUUUCAAUAUUUUCUUUUUUUAUACGCCUUUUAGUCUACCUUCAUGCCAAAUAUCAAGUUUCUAGGUUAUCUAAAAGUGGGUUAGGUUUUUGGUAAGUCUUAGGUACUUAAUUAAUCGAAUAAUUAUGAAUAUAUGAUUUUUUACAUCAAAUUAUCAAUAAUUUUCAGUUUUCAGAUUUUUUCCUCUAUACGAGUAUACUCCUAAUGGUCUACCUGCCAAAUAUCAAGAAGGUUAGGUUUUUGAUCCAUAAGUCUAAAUUAAUAGGGAUGAUGACACAUGUUGAAUUUUACAACAAAAUCUAGUAAAAUACAUAGCAAAUGAGCAAUUUAUCACAAUAUUGUGGAUAUUAAAAAAAUAUAUGGAAAUAAUACAAAAGUACAACGCCUGAAAGUUUCAACAUUAAAGUUCUUUUCAACUUCCAAAAACUACAAAAAUAAGGAUACCAUUCGAUUCCUCACAUUUUAUCCAAUAAAAAAUUGUAUGGAAACUAUAUACAUAAACGCAAUAUUUCACAGACAAAAUCGCAAUUUUCUUGUUUUGUUCAUACUUCAAGAUGGACUCUCUGUGACCUUGACGUUUUGUUCGGGGCGUUUCGCGAGUGAAGUACGACUGUCGGACUUUGACUAUCAUUUCUAACUUUUGUAUUCCUUUAAUGCAAUGGAUACCAUAUAGACUUUUGAUCCUAAAGACAUACCUGAUCGAUUGAUACCAUAAAUGAAAAUUAGUCAUCUAGCCUAUUAUCGAUAUAUGUGUUUUUCUUCAUCAAAUUAUCAAUAAUUUUCAGUUUUUAGAUUGUUCCCUUUAUAAACUCCUAAUAGUCUACCUUGGUGUCAAAUUUCAAGUUUCUAGGUCAGCUGGAAGUGGGUUAGGUUUUUGAUCUAUUAGUCAGUCAGUCACAAAAAUGCCGGUUUUUAAACGUUAAUUUAUGAAUAAAUGUGCAAAAUUGCAUGUGAGUAGGUAAAAUUGAUUUCAAGUUGUGAAGUGGUUUGUUUAACCCUCGUGCCUUGAAACCCUUGCAAAGCUCAAGAUUCCAUUUUCGGUAUUGAGAAGGACCAAUAUCGAAAUAUCCGGAUCCCGGGAUUUAUUAUUCGUUGAUAGGUUGAAACUUGGUUAGGGCAUGCAAUAUCGGAUCAUUCUCAAUCCCGGGAUUGAUUUCCGAUAUUGCAUGUCAAUCCCGGGAUUUCAAUAUUAAUACCGGUAUUUUGAUAUUAAUUCGGAUUUUUGCGAUAUACGAGAAAAAAAGCUAAUAUAUUUGACAAUAGAGUAGAUCCGAGUACCUAUUUGAUAUAAUUUCAAUUUGAGACCUCUACACGUUCCUGAGAAAAAAGUUCCUCUUGAGUGAUUCGACGAACCUAUGGAACUCUGUAAAAUGAAUAAAUUUGAUUUACAGUCAUAUGGUGCUAUUUUACAGCACUAGUGCGAUAAUUAGCAAUUACGUGACUAUGUCGAAAAUUCAAGGGGCCAUAUGUAUGUAGGUACUGUAAAACGUUGUACGAUACAUAUGCGAAUAGGUAAUUCGCAACUCGUGUCGAUUCAAAACGCCACUCGUUUCGAAUUUCCUAUUUGCCGCACUUGUAAACGUAAUGUAGGUAAGGUUUACUCGGGUAAUUCCGAAUGUCGAAAACUGUCGGAUAGUUCCGAAAAGAGACUUUUAUUAUGAUGGAAUUAAGGGUGAUUUUCAUCUGAAUUUCGGAAUUAUCCGACAUUCGGUAUUACCCGAAUACACCUUACUAUUACAAUAUGGUGCUGCUUUACCGCAUUAGUGCGAUAAUUAGCACAUUACGUAACUAUGUCGAAAAUUUAAAGGGCCAUAUUAUGUACUGUAAAACGUUGUACGAUACAUGUGCGAAUUACCUAUUUUUCGCACUUGUAUCGGUAUGCCCUAACUUUUUAGGGUUCCGUACCCAAAGGGUAAAACGGGACCCUAUUACUAAGACUUCGCUGUCCGUCCGUCCGUCCGUCUGUCACCAGGCUGUAUCUCACGAACCGUGAUAGCUAGACAGUUGAAAUUUUCACAGAUGAUGUAUUUCUGUUGCCGCUAUAACAACAAAUACUAAAAACAGAAUAAAAUAAAGAUUUAAAUGGGGCUCCCAUACAACAAACGUGAUUUUUGACCAAAGUUAAGCAAUGUCGGGAGUGGUCAGUACUUGGAUGGGUGACCGUUUUUUUGCUUUUUUUUUUUGCAUUAUGGUACGG